GUGCGUGCACAGCGGUGAGCGUAACCUGGCGCGCUCUUUUAAGCCGCUGUGUGCAAGUAACUGUCUUCUCGUUCUUCCCAGCAGGCCGUGCCGUGGUAGACGUCUAUGAUGGCCGAACUUGGAGACGAGAUUUUCACGGAGCAAGAGCUCACGUGUUCCAUUUGCCUGGACCUCUUCAACCAGCCUGUAUCCACACCGUGCGGCCACAACUUCUGCCAGAGCUGUAUCGGGGGUUACUGGGCUUCCAGCGCCGUGUGCACCUGCCCGCUGUGCAAGCGGCAAUUCGAUGAGCGGCCCGAGCUUAGCAUCAACCGAGUGUUCGCGCACAUAGCGCAAAAGUACAAACAGAUGCGCUACGGCGAACCCCCGACGGCUAAACCACGACAGAAAGCGGUGGCCGGGGCGGCCCUCCCCAUGAAUGCGUCCCCAAAUAAGGACAUCCUGUGCGAUAUCUGCACGGGCAGAAAGGAGAAGGCGGUGAGCUCGUGUCUGACCUGCACGGCUUCGUACUGUGAGGCGCACGUGUUGCCCCACCGCCAGACCGCGUUCUACUCGUCCCACCGGCUGCUGGACCCCAGCGAAGCCAUGCGCGGGCGCACGUGCGCGGAGCACGGCAGGCUGCUCGAGGUUUACUGCCGCACGGACGAGCGGUGCAUUUGCGCCAUCUGCGUCCUGGAGGAACACCGGACGCACGCGACGGUUUCGGUGCAGACCGAGCGCGUCGUCAAGCAGAGACUGCUUGGGAAGACUGAACUACAGAUCCAGUGCUCUAUUGAGAGGCGAACGCACCACAUUACUGAACUGAAGCAGCGUCUGCAGAUUCUCAGAAACUAUGCCCAGGCUGAGCUGACUGAGGUGGAGCAGCUCCUCACAGACAUCACUCACUCCGUGGAACGAAUCCAAAAUGAGCUGGUGGGCGGCAUUGAGGAGAAGCGUGACGGUGUAAUUGGCCGAGGGGAGGGGCUUGUCUCCCAGUUGGGAGUGGAGCUGGGGCAGCUACAGGAGCGCAGGGCUCGUCUGGAGGCUCAAGCCACUUCAGAGGACCACAUCGCCUUCCUGCAGAGCUUUGAAGAUGCCAACAUGCCAUACCAGGAAGUUAGUAGUGUGAACCCAGGUGAGGGUUCUGACCUGCAGUUGCACUUCUCACUGGGGGAUGUUAAAACUGCUUUGGGGGAUAUCCGGGAACGGCUGGAUGACAUUCAGAUGGGGGAAGUGCACUACCGCCGCUCAGUAUCUAUGCUACACGACUCUGAGAGUAUGAUGAGUGUUCGAUCUCUGAGGAAGAAGGAGUUUUCACUUAAAGAUCUACGCAAGAUAAAGGGAUCCAGUCACAAAAAAGUCAGAGGUUAUCUUGAGGAGAUCACACUAAAUCCGAUGACGGCCUACCCUUUCCUCAUCCUCUCGGAGGAUAGGAAGCAGCUAAAGCGUGGUGAGAAGCUGCAGUUCUACAGGACCAGUCCACAGCGCUUUGACGUCUGGUCCUGCGUGGCUGCCAAGGAGGGCUUUGAGUCUGGGCGACAUUACUGGGAGGUGAACGUGGGUGAUAAUAAGGAUUGGAAAGUAGGAGUGAUGUGUGAGUCAGCCCAGAGGAAAGGUCUGUUCGAUAUGAGCCCUAGCAAUGGUUAUUAUGCACUGUGGUGGAGCGGCAACCAGUUGCGAGCCCUCACAACUCCACCCCUCACCAAAGUGAAAGGUACUGGCCGCCUGCGUCAGGUGGGCAUUUUCCUGGACUGUGAGGAGGGUCAUGUGAUCUUCUACAAUGCCAAGACGGGUUCAGAGCUGUACACUUUUGUGGGAACAGCCUUCUCUGAGAAAAUGCUGCCAAUGUUUGGCACGGCAGACAAGGAGGUGCCAUUAGUCUUGCUGACCACGUUUGCUCACCUGCCUGAGUGAGACCAUGGGCCUGCAGUGUCAAUGGGAAGCAGUAGUGGCCUAUGGGACAGUCUGGUAAAACAAUGUCAGAUUACCAUAAUCUAGCAAAGGGUUUGAGAGGGAGACUGAAACAGAAGCCUGUUAUGAGUAGCAAAUUCUAAUUUUUUUUUUUUAUAUUAGUUGGAAAUAUCAAUUUGCCUUUGGUAUGCCUGUGCAGACACCUACCAUCUCCUGUCAGUUGAGUAUGGGGUUCAUCUACACAUUGGUAUGGUUGGAGAUGGCCAUUUUGUAGCUUUUACAAUGGUAAUAAGUGUCUUGUUUAAAUUGAUAUGAAAAUUCUAUUGUACCUGUCUUUAAAUGUAUAACUAGAAUGCAGCUAGUCUUGCUCCUUGUUUAAUGUGUGUGCUACUGACCUUCUCCAAGUUUGUAAGUUGU